AUGCUGAGCAGUGCGGCCAGCAGCGUGCGGGACCGCACGCCAGAGUUCCAGCAGAUUGUGGCACGGCUGCAGCAGCAGCAGGGCCUGCCCAGCUCCAGCGGCCAGGGUGCCGCGGCAGCCGCCCUGGCCGGCCCGAGCAGCGGGCCGCAGUCGGAGUUUGCGCGGCGGGCGGGCAAGAUUGGCAUGGGCAUCCACAGCACCAGCCAGAAGCUGCAGAAGCUGGCGCAGCUGGCGCGGCGCACCUCCAUGUUUGACGACCCGGCCGAGGAAAUCAACGAGCUGUCCACGGUGGUCAAGCAGGACAUACAGGCCCUCAACCAGGCCAUCUCCGACCUGCAGACCUUCUCGGGGGGCGGCCCCAACAAGCAGUCGUCGGACCACAGCCACACCGUGGUGGACAGCCUGCGCAGCCGGCUCAAGGACGCCACGCAGGAGUUCAGGGAUGUGCUGACCACGCGCACAGACAGCCUCAAGGCGCACCGCGAGCGCAAGUCCAUGUUCUCAGCGGCGCCGGAGGCCGGCGCCAGCAGCAGGCAGCCGCUGUUCAGCCAACCAGGUGCGUGCGGCCGGCAUGCCCUCAUCUUCCCCCUCCCGCGCCGCACCGCCCGCGGCGGCGAGGGCGAGUCGGCGCCGCUGCUGGGCGGCGGCGGCGGGGGCCAGCAGCAGCAGCAGGCGCUGAUGGUCCCGCAGCAGGACCAGUACCUGGCCAGCCGCAACGAGGCGCUGCACCAGGUGGAGUCGACCAUCGUGGAGCUGGGGGGCAUCUUCCAGCAGCUGGCGCACAUGGUGCAUGAGCAGGGGGAGAUGGCGAUGCGGAUUGACGAGAAUGUGGACGACACGCUGGGCAACGUGGAUGCGGGGCAGGCGCAGUUGCUCAAGUACCUCAACGCCAUCUCGGGCAACCGCCUGCUGGCCAUGAAAGUGCUGGGCGUGCUGUUCCUCUUCCUCAUGUUCUUCAUCGUCUUCAUUGCGUGA